CAUGAGUCCUCCGAGGCUGCGAACGUCGCUCUCGCUGCUGCUGCUGCUCCUGGGCAGCUGCCUCCUCGCGGCCGCCCGGAGGGACAAGGGGGCGGCUGGCACCGCGGCGGAGCGGGUCCCCGGCCCCGCAGGCGGCUCCUCGGGUCGCUUCAACAGCCCAGAGCAGCACGCGUGCAGCUGGCAGCUCCUGCUGCCCGCCCCAGGGGCCGCAGCGGGCAGCGAGCUGGCGCUGAGCUGCCAGGGCCCGGACGGGGCGCGCCAGCAGUGCGCCUACCGCGGGGAGCCGCAGCGCUGCGCCGCCUACGCCGCUCGCAGCUCGCGCUACUGGAAGCAGGUGCUGGGCGGGCUGCGCAAGAAGCGGCGGCCGUGCCACGACCCCUCGCCGCUCCGGGCCCGCUUGUGUGCCGGCAAGAAGGGCCACGGCGCCGAGCUGCGCCUGGUGUCGCGCGCGUCCCAGCCUGCCCACCCCACCGCCGCGGGCUUCCCCGGGGAGCCCAAGCCCCGGGCCAGGAGCCGGGGGCGGCCCCGGGAGCACGCGGUCGGCCCGGUCCCGAUCCCGAGCGCGCGGCCCAAAGGAAAGCCCUCUGAGAGGAAGACCAAAGGGGGCAAGAGGAAAGCGGCCUCGCACCCCCACGAGGAGCGACCUAUGGGGACCGGGCCCUACCCCGACGGGCUGGACGAGAACGCGGAGCUCACGCAGACCUACUGCGCAGACAAGUGGCACUCCCUCUGCAACUUCUUUGUCAAUUUCUGGAACGGCUGA